CAGGUGUUGACGUCAGCGAUGGCGUUACUAAGGAGAUGCCGCGUGAAUGCAGCCUUGACCAUACAGCUGUUCUCACAGCUGUUCCAUUUCAUCAACAUGUGGUCAUUCAACAAGGUGGUGACGUCGCCUACCAGUCCGCAUCCUCAGCAGCCCCACGGCGUGUGUUACUGCACCAGGACCUGGGGCCUGAGGUUGAAGUCAAAACUGGCGCAGUUAGAGGCGUGGGCAGAGCGACAAGGGCUGGAACUGGCCGCAGAUUGCCAUCUGGCUCGAAUUAUACAAGCGGCACAUUUGUUGCAGGCUCCAAAAUACAACGCAGAUGAUCUGGCGACACUGAGCUCCACGUGCUUCAAACUCAACUCGCUACAGCUUCGAUCGCUUCUGUCAAAAUACCAGCCAACGCCUGAUGAGCCUCGACUGCCGCACGAGCUGAUCGAAAACGUGGUGAGGGUACGUUCAGAUAAUUUUAGGUGGUGGUCGGGGAUUGCGAUUGCUUUCAUAAUGUCGUCUUGCU